AUGUUCAAAAUCACGGCGAUAAUUUCACUCAUGCUUAUUGCGACUUGGUCGCAAGCAGUUUCUAGAAGAAAUAAGAAGGAUUCACGUCCUACUGAAGAUUUCGACACAGGUAAUAUGGAAGAUCGUAGUGGUGGUAGAUUUGAAUAUAAGAUUAGUAUUAGUUAUGGGAGCACGCUAUGGGCGGCGGGCUUGUCCUGUGACUCGUGCGGCAGUGAGUGCGCCUCGGCGUGUGGCACGAGGCACUUCCGAUCCUGCUGCUUCAACUACCUCAGGAAGAAACGAGGUCCAGAUGCGCUCUGGACACCAAACCUGCAAGAUGCGAAAGAGAACCAACAGGAGAGGUUCCCGAUCUUUGCUGUUAAAUCUAUACCGGAUCCCUGGUACACAAAUCUCGUGUCAAACAGUUACAGACCUUAUCCUUAUGAAGAUACGGCCGAUAACCACUUGCAAAUGAUUUAUGACCUUUAA